AUGACCGUUCCUAAAAUCACCUUCUUCUUUGACAUUGGCAGCCCCUUCAGCUGCAUCGCAUUUCAUAACUCUCCUGUUUUCUCGGACUGUGAAAUUGAAUAUGUUCCUAUUCUUUUCAGAGACUUGAUGCAAGCCUGUCAAAACAAACCUCCAAUUUCAGUGAAGAACAAAUUCCAAUGGAUAAAUCGAGAACGAAUCUACUGGGCUCGUCGUUUCAAUGUUCCCAUGUCUGAAGCUAUCCCAAAGGGCUUUCCUGCACCUACCAUUGAAGCUCAGCUUGCUCUAGGCGCCAUCGCUACCCAUGCACCAGAAAAGCUGGUUUCCGUCACGGAAAAACUGUAUCGUGGAUUCUGGGCGGAUGGAGACUCGGCCGUUCUGACUUCUGCUGGGCUUUUGCCUACUCUCGAAGAGGAGCUUGGGGAAGAUAGAGCAAAUAAUAUAUUGGAACAGUCAAAAAAUACCGAGGUGAAAUCUAGCUUGGAUGCAAGCACUCAAAGAGCAUUCACUUCGGGUGCUUUUGGCUUGCCAUGGUUGGACUGCACAAAUUCCCGGGGCAAUAAGGAAGGAUUUUGGGGAAUCGAUCACCUAGGUUGUGUGGUGGACUUUUUGCAACUCGAUGCCAGUCUGGACCAUGCUUUCCGGGUCUUACUUUGA